AUGGCGCCGCUUGAGGCGAUGCAGGCCCUUCUAUGGCGCAAAAAGAAAUUCUCGUACCUUGCGAAACUGGGUGUGCCAGGUCCUGAACCGAGCGUGCUUUUUGGAAACCUCCUGGAGAUCAAAAGGCGGAAUGUAUUCGAGGUCGAACCAUUACCGGACUAUCGUCAUAAGCUGAUUGUCACUGCCCCCUUAAGCCGCUGGCGGGAGAUACGGGCAGUGCUCAGUCCAGCCUUCACCAUCAGCAAGUUGUCUCAGAUGUUUGUCAUCAUGGACAAGUGCAGCGACACCAUGAUCCGGAAGCUCGAAGAGAAGCGGACAGCCGCCCCUUCCGUGGAGAUGACUUCAGCCUUACGACGUGCCACCAUCGACACCAUGUUCAAGGCGGGCUAUGGUGUCGACCUCAAGGUUCAAGACAGCCCACCCGGGGGAUUCUUCGACCAGCUGGGCAUAGGGGCUGAUCGGCUAUUGCGGAGCGUGCCCCUCAGCGGCGUGAGCUUCUUCGCCAACUGCUUCCCGGAGUUCUACCACUUAUGGUAUCUACUCACUUGGCUGACGUCACGACUCGCGAGGCCCUACUUCAUGGUGACUACGUCAGUGAUCGCCCCUGUCUUGAGUAAAAGGAAGGCAGCGAAUCUGAAACCUUCCAUCUUCUGUUCCCACGAUGUGGCCCUGGGAGCCACUUCCUGA